UCCAAGUGCGCACGACCAAUCUGCAGCAGCGCUCCGCAGACCGCCUGCCAGGCAUCUGGCAGCUCUGCGUUUAUUUCUGGAGGCGCUGCUUUUCGCUCAAUCACCCCCAACAGGUGGAUAAGUCGAGUGGGCAAGAAAACCAGCAAAAAAAAAUAAAAAAAAAUACAUCCUACGUGCUGAACGAAAAUUUGGAGGCUUUGCGGAACCAGGUGUGAUCCACCAGCGAAACUUCACUGUCGCUCGUUUUCGUUUCCAGGAUUUCUUCUUGCGCCGUGAGCUGAAUGCGGUGUGCGCAAUUUUGUCGGGUUUUUUUUUCCACCUAAAUUAGGACCGGAUGGAAGUCGUGAUCAAAACUAACCGAACCUGGAUGUAGGAGUAUUGUCAAGUCUGCAAAAAUGAGAGGCGAGAAUGCAGACUAGACUAAAAAAACAGAGGAGAAACGGACUGGCAUCAUAAGGCGCCGACACAUUAGGGGUAUUCCUGCAGAUCCACGCUGCAGCCGACACCAUUGGGAGAUGCAAAACUCAAGAAGUUGUGGUGAAUGAUUUUUUUUUUUCUUUAAUCACUAAGCAUCUGUUUUGUUAGUGCUUGGGAAAUUUUCCAGAGGAGGAACAUUGAUCUCCAUGAGCGAAGUUUCAAUGCCCAGUGUUCCAAAGCGUGAACGCCCCCCAGCCUGGGAGCAGCUGUAGCAGUGUUAGCAGGUUGCUGGUGAGCUGAAGCCCAGGGAGAUGUCACAGCUGUACUACCGGCGAACUGACAGCUCCUCGUACCGGGACCGCAUCCCACUGAGAAUCGUGCGGGCCGAGUCGGAGCUGUCGCCCCUGGAGAAGGCCUACCUCGGAGCUGUGGAGAAGGGGGACUACGCCAGUGUCAAACAGGCUCUGGAGGAAGCAGAGAUCUACUUCAAGAUCAACAUCAACUGCAUCGACCCUCUGGGCCGCACAGCACUGCUAAUCGCCAUAGAGAAUGAGAACCUGGAAAUAAUUGAGCUCUUGCUGAGCUUUAAUGUCUACGUUGGUGAUGCCCUGCUCCAUGCAAUACGCAAGGAGGUGGUGGGAGCUGUGGAGCUGCUGCUAAAUCAUAAAAAGCCAAGCGGUGGCAUGCAGGUUCCUCCUAUCUUAUUGGAUAAGCAGUUCUCUGACUUCACCCCUGACAUCACUCCCAUCAUCCUCGCUGCACACACCAACAACUAUGAAAUUAUUAAGCUGCUGGUGCAGAAAGGCGUGUCUAUGCCACAGCCGCAUGAGGUGCGCUGUAACUGUGUUGAGUGUGUGUCUAGUUCAGACGUGGACAGCCUGCGGCAUUCGCGCUCACGCCUCAAUAUCUACAAAGCGCUCUCAAGUCCCUCACUAAUUGCGCUUUCCAGUGAGGAUCCUUUCCUCACUGCCUUCCGGCUCAGCUGGGAGUUGCAGGAGCUCAGCAAGGUGGAAAAUGAGUUCAAGUCAGAGUACGAGGAGCUUUCACACCAGUGUAAACAGUUUGCCAAGGACCUCCUGGACCAGACGAGGAGCUCUAGAGAGCUGGAGAUGAUUCUCAAUUACAGGGAUGACAUCAACCUGUUGGAUGAGGAGGGAAACAAUGACCUGGCAAGACUAAAACUUGCAAUUAAGUACCACCAGAAAGAGUUUGUUGCUCAGCCAAACUGCCAGCAGCUUUUGGCAUCCAGGUGGUACGAUGAGUUUCCCGGCUGGAGGCGGCGUCACUGGGCAGGGAAGUUCCUCACCUGCGUCUUCAUCGGCCUCCUCUACCCCAUGUUCGCCUUGUGCUACCUCAUCGCCCCUAAGAGUCGCUAUGGCCUCUUCAUCCGUAAACCGUUCAUCAAAUUCAUCUGCCACACCUCGUCCUACUUGACCUUUCUUUUCCUGCUGCUCCUCGCGUCUCAGCACAUUGUGACCACAGAGCAGGACAGACAGGACAGGCAGGGCCCUGCACCGACCACUGUGGAGUGGAUGAUCCUGCCUUGGGUGGUGGGAUUUAUCUGGGCAGAGAUCAAACAAAUGUGGGAUGGUGGUUUCCAAGACUACAUCCAUGACUGGUGGAACCUGAUGGACUUUGUCAUGAACUCUCUAUACUUAGCCACGAUAUCCCUUAAGAUUGUAGCCUACACUAAGUAUAGUGGCAGCAAACCCAGGAACCAGUGGGAGAUGUGGCAUCCGACAUUAGUAGCGGAGGCAGUUUUUGCUAUAGCGAACAUUUUCAGCUCUCUGCGCCUCAUCUCGCUGUUCACAGCCAACUCUCAUCUGGGGCCACUACAGAUCUCACUUGGGAGGAUGCUUCUGGAUAUUCUGAAGUUCCUCUUCAUCUACUGUCUAGUCUUACUGGCCUUCGCCAAUGGGCUGAAUCAGCUGUACUUUUACUAUGAGACCAAGGCCUCUGAUGAGAAGGGUAAAUGCAAAGGGAUUCGCUGUGUGGAGCAGAACAAUGCCUUCUCCACGUUAUUUGAAACUCUGCAGUCUCUUUUCUGGUCUAUCUUCGGUCUGAUCAGCCUAUACGUUACAAACGUGGAUGCCGACCAUCAGUUCACCGAGUUUGUUGGUGCUACCAUGUUUGGCACAUACAACAUCAUCUCUCUAGUGGUGCUCCUCAACAUGCUCAUAGCCAUGAUGAAUAACUCCUACCAGCACAUUGCUGAUCAUGCGGACAUCGAGUGGAAGUUUGCCAGGACAAAGCUGUGGAUGAGUUACUUUGAAGAAGGGGCUACUCUGCCAGCCCCAUUCAACAUCAUUCCCAGCCCCAAAUCCUUCUGGUACCUCAUGUGCUGGAUUAAAAGGCAAAUUUGCAAGCGGACACGCUCCAAACGCCCAGAAACCUUUGGAACCCUGGGGAGGCGAGCAGCAGAGAACUUGAGGAUAAAUCAUCAGUAUCAGGAGGUACUGAGGAAUCUCGUGAAACGUUAUGUGGCUGCUAUGAUCAGAGAUGCCAAGACAGAAGAAGGUCUGACUGAAGAAAACUUCAAGGAGCUGAAACAGGACAUCUCCAGUUUCCGUUACGAGGUGAUGGGCAUGAUGAAGACAGGGAAGCCGGGUCUACCAGUGGCGAAGGCUAGCACCAGUUCAGUGGACUCGGGUCUGGCCUACCCCAACUCCUCCCUCAAAGUUUCUUCAUGUCCUCCGAGCUCCCAGGUAAAAAGCAAACUCAACAGAUUCAAGAUUGCCACAACCUUCCUGAAGCAGGGGAGUUCUGCGUCUUCGCCCAGGCCUCCAGAAGCCUCCAACGGACUACCUAACGGACUUUUACCCCUCACCUCUGAGGAGAGCUCCAACGAAAAGUCAAGCCAGAGGAAAAACUUCCCCAAAGAUAUCAGUGACUUUGGAUUGUUUCAGAAACGCCACCGGGGCGGCGGCGAAGCUACAGCAGGUGCAGGGGAGAUUUCCAGAGAAAUGUACUCUUUGUCUGAAGAAGCAGGGGAGUCUGGGAUGGCAGAUACAGAGGAGCAGGGUAAUGAGCAUACAGAAGGAGGUAAAGGCGGGAAAAGACUCUUGGAACAAGAACAGGAGGAAGAGGCUGCAGUGAAUGAGGCCACAAAUGAGGAAAAGGAGGCUCUGGAUAAGAGCUCAGAGGAAAGUGAAGAAAAAGAAAAGAAGGACAAAGAAGCCUAAUGUGAUGAGGUGCAGUACUGCUGAACUGAGGACAGGCUGACAAUCAGGAGUGGAGGAGUGAUGAGAGGGGAUCUGAUUGGGAAAUGUUCAUGGUAGUUUUGCAAAGAGCCUACGUUUUCCAGUUAUCACUAAACUAAUGAUCAGCUUUGAUCUUUGGAGACUCAGGGAGGCCUUUGGUUUGACACGGUCAGACUUGUGUUUGUGUUUUAAAUGCCGUUAUAUUAGCAGUGAAGAUGCACCGAAGGGGAACAGAGCUGGCAAAGAUAUAGAUUUUAGGAUUAAGUCAUUACAUCUUAUCUCUUCUCUGCUGAUGAUUGGAAAUUAAUUCUUUCCUGAGCUGACUUUUCUAACCUCUUCUCCUGCCCAGUGUUUUAUCUGAUGUGUUUAUCAUACUUUGUCCUUCAUCUGUCUCUUUCUACCUCGUUUUCCAUCCUGUUUCUCCCCACACCGCUUUAACUCUCCCCUAUCCUUAUUUGACUAGAGCAAUAGAUGUCUUAUGUUUUAGACCUCUGCCUUACUCUGUCUGUCUCAGCACUUUACACUGGCAAACAGUUUCUCAAAGAUGUAUGGAGCUCUGAUCAUGCAACUAAACCUGUCAAUGUUUUUUCUAUGCAAAAGCCUGAGAUUGUGGUUGUCAUUGUUACGAAGACGAUGGUGUUUAAAAGCGACGGGUUACGGCCAGCUUCAUUGUAUGUAAGGUAGAGCAUGGCCGACCGGCAAUGUGGAAUGGGAGAUAUAAACAAAGCCUAUCAACCAUUUAAAGGAACAUAUUAUUCAUGUUUUAUCAAUUCUUCAGAGAAUAAAAAUGUUAUUUUGAUCAGAUUUGCUGUUUUUAAUUGGUACAUUUAGAUGUUAUGGUAGUUUGAAUGAAUAAUGUUAUAGAAAUUAAAGCAUAGAUCAAUAAACCGAAAAUACACU